AUGACUGGACGGAGGGAGGGACAGACAGAGGGAUGCAGAGAGGGAGGGACGGGGGAGCGUUGGACGAAGGACAGCUGCCCCAGCACGGAGGCUGUCUGUCCCUGGUGCCGGCCAGGCCCCAGCUGCGUGUCACUAACCGGGCCUUGGCCUCUUUCGUCCCUAGCCCUGGCCGGGAGCCCGCUGGCCCAGCAGGGCUGUGCCGAGGGCCCGACGUUCUGGUGCCGGAGCCUGGCGACGGCCGUGCGGUGCGGUGCGGUGCAGAUCUGUGCCCAGGCCGGCUGGAACCAGGCUGCUAAGGAGGACAUGUGCGCGGACUGCGGGCAAAUCGUCACCAUCCUGACCCGCAUGGCCAAGGAUUCAGCCUUCAAGGACAGCAUCCAGAAGUACCUGACCCACGAGUGCACCCUGCUGCCCCUGCACACCCUAGUGCCACACUGCCAGAAGGUGGUGGACACGUACUUCACCCUCUUCAUCGCCUGCCUGGAGGGGCAGAUCAAACCCGCCUCCAUCUGUGGCAGGCUGGGCCUGUGCCCCACGGACCCGUCGCAGGACCAGAGCCAGCACAAGUGUGUUCUCCAGCUGCUGCAGGGUCUCCGCCUGGACCUUCCCGAUGGUCAGACCCAGAGAGCACUUACUUUGACAUUUAACCAUGAAGGUGAGCCACCCCUGGUGCCGCUCCUUGCCCAGAGCGCCGAGUGCCAGGCCUGCGUUGCUGUCAUGGGCCUGGCGAAGUCGACCGUGCAGGCGAACAGCACUGUGGCAGACGUGGAGGCAGCUCUGCUUGGGGCCUGCAGCAGUGCCCACCUGGGCUGGCAGGAGUGCAAGAGCUUCAUGGAGUGGCACUGGCCCCGGCUGCUAACCUUGCUGCCGAAGGCCUGGGACCCCCAGAGCAUGUGCCAGGAACUGGGCGUGUGUGAGGCUGGGACGGGCCCUGCUCCCGGAGCCGAGGGCUGCACGCUGGGACCAGCCUACUGGUGCUCCAGCCUGGAGACUGCCGAGCAGUGCCAGGCCGUGCAGCACUGCCAGGCCCACGGCUGGGCAUAG